UUUUCAGUGUCGUUCAUUUAUAUGUAUCUACGUGGCGGAAAGGGCGCCGUCUAGAGUUAGAUAAAUGCACUUAGAUGGUGCCGUCUGCAGUUAAAAAUGCACUUUGAUGCUCUUGGCAAGUUGAUAGUAUCUCACCCAAAAACAGCAGGAUACAUCCCCAAAAACCACACUCUGUGUGCGUAAAAGAUGUACCAUAAAACACAGGCGGUUAUGCUCGUGUUAUCUGCGUCAAUUAAAGUACCAAAUUUCAUGUACGGCAGUACCAGGUAGUGCACAUACCGAAUGACUCGACCUACACCCACCCCACAUAAUGAGUAAGGUACCCCUCAUGAUCGGCGACAUCCCGUUGCAAGUGUUCCAUCCUGGAAUAUACACCCCGUUGCAAGUGUUCCAUCCUGGAAUAUACACCUCAUCCUGUUGUUAAUUAAUGUACUAAAAUGGGCUACCCAUCACCUUUGAAAAUUGCCAGUAGAAAAUUGGCAGACAACAUCGUUACUGCAUCAUGUCCAUUUUCCAUCCUUAACAAGCUCAACGCUGGUGGAAGAAUGUCCCUCAUCAGCCAUCAGGGGCAAGUUAUAGUGUAUUCUGCUAUUCCUUAUGGACCUGAAGUUGAAAAGAGUUUGGAGUUGUUAACAGGAACUACUGGUAACUUCAACAUCACUCAUUUGAUCAUUCCAAACAAGGAACACACUUUGGCAGCUAAGUCGUUCAAGGACGUGUACCCUGACUUGAAGGUGAUUGCCCUGGAAGCUGUUGAGGUCCCUGGCUUGACUAUCGAUUAUAAAUUAACCCACAACUUGGGAAACAAGACUCUUGAUCUGAAGAUCUUGGAGGAAGAGCUUGGCAUCACAGACAAAGUCUUCUUGGACCUGUUUGAGUUCGUUUACUUAUGUCGCCACGGAAACAGGGAGUUGGUAAUGUAUGACAAGAAGUCGAAGACAAUUUUCUUAGCUGAUGUGGUCUUCAAUACUGGAAUCAACGAGCCUUUGGAACAAUACUCCCCUGCCACCGGAUUCCCCGAAGGUUACAAUCCUCAUACUUGGGCAUCUCUUCUCAUGAAAUACAUGCAGCCAUACAGUAUGAUUGGAAAUUACUUGGUUAACAGAAUCGUCACUCCUAAUUCUAGACCAGGUUUGGAAGCCAUUCAAAAGUGGGAUUACUCCAGGAUCGUGAUGUGCCAUGGUAAUGUGAUCGAAAAAGACGCCAAAAAGUCCUUUGCCAACAUCUUCAAACUUUAGUAUUAAUGCUAUGCAGUCAAACCCAUACUAUCUUAAGUUGUAGCCACUGGAUGUUCUGUUCAUUGCAAGCCACUGUCGAUGA